UAACAUCUCACAAUUCUGACUUUUUUCUUUUUAUUCCAUGGCAGAAAUAAGCUGCAUAGAAAUCUUAUUCAUACACACGCUUGUUCAAAUUGUGCAUAUAGGUGGGUCACUACAGGUUUUUAUUAAUUUGUCAGGAAAUCGGGCAGUAGGAGGAGCUGCUUCACAGUCGUCAACAUCUUCUGGGAGCUGGUCUGCAGAAAAGGCCAUAGACAGUAAUCGAGGUCUCCAGCAGUUGAAUACAUCAUGUUCAUCAACCCUUAAUGAGACUAACCCAUGGUGGAGGCUGGAUCUGCGUGAUGUGUACAGAGUUAGAGAAGUGGUCAUCACUAACAGAAAUGACUGCUGUGCAGAACAAAUAAAUGGAGCAGAGAUUCGCAUCGGAAACUCUUUGGAGAACAAUGGCACCAACAAUCCCAUAUGUGCUGUUAUUCCUGCUAUUCCAGCAGGAGAGUCCUACAACUACACAUGUAAUGGGAUGGAGGGACGUUAUGUGAAUGUUUAUAUUCCUGGUGAUCAAAAGGUUCUUUCUCUUUGUGAGGUUGAAGUCUACGGGUAUUUGGCAGAAAAUCUAGCAGUAGAUGGAUCUGCUACACAGUCAUCAACAUCUGGGGACGGGUUUGCUGAAAAGGCAGUUGAGCGAGGUCUCCAGCAGUUGUACACAGGAUGCUCGUCAACCCUUAAUGAGACUAACCCAUGGUGGAGACUGGAUCUGCGUCAUAUUUACAGAAUUAGCAAGGUGGUCAUCACUAACAGAAAUGACUGCUGUGCAGAACAAAUAAACGGCGCUGAGAUUCGCAUCGGAAACUCUUUGGAGAACAAUGGCACCAACAAUCCCAUAUGUGCUGUUAUUCCUGCUAUUCCAGCAGGCAAGUCCUCCAGCUACUCAUGUAAUGGGAUGGAGGGACGUUAUGUGAAUCUGAACAUUCCUGGAAACAUGAAGAUACUCACUCUUUGUGAGAUGAAGGUCUUUGGAGAAGGUCCCUGUUUAAAAAGAUCAUUUGUAAAGAUGCAGUUUAACUCCAGCAAAUAUUUGACCGACCCUUCAGUGAGAGAAAACAUUCUGAAACAGGUCGUUGUGGUAAAGAAAAUUAAUACUCUGGAAAUCAGCCAUGAGGAACAUGAUAAUUCACUGAAAAGACAGUGA